AUUCUGCGAGUCUCAAUCCAUCCGGCAAGAUGGCUGCCUCGCUUUGUCUAACCGGGUCUGGUUAAAUUGCAAUUUUGUAGAGAAACAGGUUUUGGUUUGACUUAGAUAUCAACACUAAUGAGAGGCAAAGCGCGCACCUCGUGUUUUUGAUCAGCAAGAGAUGACUGAAGAGCACAAGAGUACGAGCAAGUUGAAUACAUUGGUGGAGAAACUUCAUGAAUAUUUGGCUCAUUCAUCAGAAGAAUCUGAGGAAACAAAUUCACCCCCAGCUUCAGAUAGAUCAUUUGGUAAAAGUAACAGGAGUGAUAGUAGAUUGCACAACAAGGAGCAAAACAUGGAGGAGCCUGGCAGCUCAUGUGAGAGUUUGAAGUCUCCAUCAUCUUCUCGUUCAAAAAGGAAACCUUCAGUAGUAACCAAAUACACUGGAUCAGAUGAUUCGGAUCAUUCACAGGAAAGUGGCAAUGGGGAGAAGUUCAGAACAUCAAAGAAUAAAUUGGAUGUGAAAAGAUUGCCAAAGGGAACAGUGGUGGUUGAGCCUGAGCCAGUGUCAAAUGAAGCAAAAGAUGAUUUCAGAGGGCCAGAGUUCAGAAGUAAAACUGCCAAACCUAAAGCAGAAAGUUCAAAAAAGCGAGGGGAAGAAAGCAUGCAUGGCAUCGUCAGCUGUACUUCCUGUGGGCAACAAGUGAACCAUUUCCAAAAGGAUUCAUUUUAUCAGCAUCCUGCACUUAAAGUUCUUGUCUGUAAGAGUUGUUAUAAAUAUUAUAUGAGUGAUGAUAUAAGUAAGGAUGCAGAUGGGAUGGAUGAACAGUGCAGGUGGUGUGCUGAAGGAGGAAACCUUAUUUGUUGUGACUUUUGUAACAACGCCUUCUGCAAAAAAUGUAUUUUACGCAACCUUGGUAGGAAAGAACUGUCAAGUAUUAUGGAUGAAAGCAGCAAGUGGUACUGCUAUGUGUGUAACUCUGAACCUUUGCUGGACCUGGUCGCUGCUUGUGACAGUGUGCUGGAGAACCUGGAGCAGUUAUGGCAACAACACCGAAAGAAACCCAAAUCUGAAAAUGAGAAGACAAACCAGGAUGGCAGUGUGCACAAACAUUCACAGAAAGUCAAAGCUACCUGUAAUGGAAAAGAAAACAGCUUGGACAACUUGGCUUCAGGCACCAUAACAGUUUCCUACAAAUCACUGAAGGUGCCAAAAGAAUUGAUUAAAAAGACAAAAAAACUAGUAGAAACAACAACUGGCUUGAAUGCUACUUUUGUGAAAUUUCUCCAGCAGGAUACUGAAAAGCUACCUACUAAUUUAAUUAGAUUAAGACAUUUGAAAGCCUUCAAAUCUGUACUUGGAGACCUUAAGAAUGCUCAUGCUGCACUAGAGGAAGAUUUGGAUGAGGAGUUCAAGGAAUUGGCACUUUUGAAUGGCGAAGAAAGUGGCUGUAAGGUAAAUAAUGGAGGAUUAAAAUCGCAACAGGAAAAGGAAGUCAGUGAAGUUGAGGACAAUGUUGACCUGCCCAACAGUGAUGUUGACAAUGGUGCUGAAGAUAAUUUACAGGACACUAUUGAGAAUGCCCUCUGUGCAGAUGAGAGCCGUGUUAACCCAGCUGAGAACAGUGGAGAGGAGACAAUGUGGAGUGCUGUUGAUGAUGCUGCUGAUAAUGUUAUUCAGAACAAAGUUGAUGAUACAAUUGAGGAAAAUGCUGAUUCUGACAAACACGAUGACCCAGAUUCUGAUAUGAAGGAAGACGUUGACCAGGAGAGUGAUGUUGAAAUGAAGGAAUCGCCUGCUGUUUCUCCUGGAGAAAUUGAGCCCAGGGAAAAUGAUGACUCAAAGAGUGAGCAGAAUGAAAAGAAAGCAGAGUCUGGAAGAAGCACGGAUUGUCAAGAAGAUGAAUCUGCACAGGCCAAUGAGUGUGCUCUAGAUAAAGAAAUUGUCUCUGUUCCAUCAUCUGUUCCGGAUGAACUUUUUGAGGCAGCAGACUCCUCGGUGGAUGCUUCUGGCGUUGCAGAAGUAACUAAGGAUAGUUCUGUAAAAAACAGGAAAACAGCAAAAAAUAGCUUGUCAAAGAGCAGUACUUCACGGAAAACAUUUUCUAAGCAUAGCAGCAACUCCAAAGUAAAAUCUACAAUCAGAGUGACAAAAGAACUUGUUGUGAAGUUGACUCCUGUUUCAAUAACAGAUUCUACCAGUGUUUCAGAGGCAGAAGAAAGCAAUGAUGAGAAAUUGAAAAGGGUCAUUUCAGAUGAAGAAGAGUCUGAAGAUCCAGAAACCUUAAAGGAGGGUCUGCAAUGUAGGCGGUCUCCACGUGUAAAGACUACACCCUUGAGGAGACAUGCUGACACAAAGCUGUCUUCCCAGCCAGAAGACGAUAGUGAUACGAACAAUGACAAACCCAAACAUUCCCAAAAAGCAAAAGCCAAGUCUACCGAUGAAUCUUCUGCAAAGGCAAAGAAAGAAACCACAGAGAGGCAGGUGGCUUCCAGCAGCAAAGCUGUAGAUUCCUCCGAUUCUGACAUUCCUGACAUCCUAAAACAAGUGGAAGAUGAGAGUCCCGGUUCCCUCGAGGCAGACAGCAAUGAGGACUCGCCAAAAAGCGUGCAAAGGAAAUGCUUGUUUAGCCUCAGGAAAAGCACUGCACAGUCCCAGGAUAAGAAAGCUGCUAAGCGAAAACAGAUUAAAACCACUUCUGAAUCUGACCCUGAUGUGAAGAAGUCAACUGUUAAAAAGAAAAAACAGAAUGCCUCUGAUUCUUCUAAUUAUGACUCUGACUUGGAGAAGGAAAUUAAGAGUCUUAGUAAAUUAGAAACUGCCAAGAAGGGCAGUCGAAAGAGUAAGAAAGGCCCGAAGGAGGAAGAGAUGAAGGGUUCUUCAUCUGAUGACAAUGAGACUCCUCAAGAGAAAAAAAAGAUAAAAACCAAAGAGAAGCGACCGAAAGCCAAGAAGGUUAUAAAUUCUGACUUGUCUUCAAGUGAAGCAGAAACAGCAGAACAGACUGGCGAGCAGGACUCUGCGGGAAGCAGCGAUGAGCAGAAGAUUCGGUCGAUCACAGAAACUAUCGCUGGUCCCAUUGGCAAAAGUUUUUGCCAGUCAUCGGGGGAUGAAGGAGACGUUAAAUCUGGUCUUGCUCUAGGUGCUGCUGAUGACGAUGACGAUCCUGAGAAUAGAAUCGCAAAGAAGAUGAUCUUGGCUCAAAUCAAGGCAAACAUGUCCUCUGGGGAGGAUGGCUCAUCGGAUGAUGAAGAAUCAGAGAAGGACAAGAAAAAGAAAUCUGAGAAAGCAGCUGGGGAGGAGGAAGAUGAGGAGGACGAGGAGGAGGAAGAGGAGGAAGAGGGUUCUGAAACUGGUUCGGAUUCUGAUUUUGAGAUGACUAAGAAGUCUCGCUAUCGACACCGCCUACUUCGACACAAGCUCUCCAUGAGCGACGGCGAGUCUGGGGAGGAGAACCAAUCCAAUAAGAAAAAGGAAGGCAAACGGAGGUCCAAGAGGAAAGUGAGCAGUGAUGAUUCUGCGGAUUCUGAUUUUGAAGAGUCUGGUGUGAGUGAGGAGAUGAGCGAGGAGGAGGAUGAUGAGGAUGAGGAAGAGAAAAAGAAGCGCCCCAGAACAAGAUCGUCCAAGAAGGCUGGGGCUGAAGAAAAUCUGCGCAGCUACGAACAGAAGAAGAAGAGACGGCGUAUUAAAGUACAGGAGGAUUCAUCUAGCAACGAUAAGAGUAAUGAGGAGGACGAUGAAGACAGCAAUGAUGAGGAAGACGACGACUCAGUGUCUCCUGGAAAGGGUCGAAAAAAGAUUCGAAAGAUUCUUAAAGUAGAUAAAUUGAGAUCCGAGACCCAGAAUGCUUUGAAGGAGGAGGAGGAGAGAAGGAAGCGCAUCGCGGAACGAGAACAAUUAAGGGAAAAGCUAAGAGAGGUCGUCGUUGUUGAAGAGUCUUCUCAAAUCCCUGUUCCCAUAACAACCAAGCUGGUAUUGGAUGAAGAUGAAGAGACCAAGGAACCCCUUGUGCAGGUGCACCGGAACUUGGUCACAAAACUAAAACCUCACCAGGUCGAUGGUGUGCAGUUUAUGUGGGAUUGUUGCUGUGAGUCGUUGAAGAAAACUAAAAAGUCAGCUGGAUCUGGUUGUAUUCUUGCACAUUGCAUGGGUCUUGGAAAGACGUUACAAGUGGUGACGUUACUGCACACCUUGCUGUUGUGUGAGAAGAUGGAGUUUAAAACCGCCCUGGUGGUCUGUCCACUCAACACUGUUCUCAACUGGCUGAAUGAAUUUGAGAAAUGGCAAGAAGGCAUGACCGAUGAAGAGAGUUUAGAGGUGAACGAACUUGCCACUGUGAAGCGGCCCCAGGAACGGGCAUAUAUGCUGCAGCGCUGGCAGGAGGAUGGUGGGGUCAUUAUCAUUGGCUAUGAAAUGUACCGCAAUCUCACACAAGGCAAGAACGUUAAAAGCAAGAAGCUGAAAGAAACUUUCCAAAAGACGUUGGUUAACCCAGGUCCAGACUUUGUCAUAUGUGAUGAAGGACACAUUCUGAAGAACGAAGCCUCUGCUAUAUCCAAGGCCAUGAACUCUAUAAAAACAAGACGCAGAGUGGUCCUCACAGGAACCCCAUUGCAGAAUAAUCUUAUUGAAUACCAUUGCAUGGUGAACUUUAUCAAAGAAAACCUUCUGGGUUCGGUAAAAGAGUUCCGGAACCGAUUCAUCAACCCCAUUCAGAACGGCCAGUGUGCGGACUCCACGAUGCAGGACGUCCGAGUGAUGAAGAAGCGAGCCCACAUCCUGUACGAGAUGCUAGCGGGAUGUGUGCAGAGAAGAGAUUACACAGCCUUGACAAAAUUCUUGCCUCCAAAACAUGAAUAUGUCCUUGCAGUGAGGAUGACUCCAAUCCAAUGCAAACUAUAUCGCUACUACUUGGAACAUUUCACAGGUGUGGGCACCAGUGUGGAAGGUGGGAGAGGCAAAACAGGGACCAGACUAUUCCAGGAUUUCCAGAUGUUGAGCAGAAUCUGGACCCAUCCCUGGUGUUUGCAGCUGGACUAUAUUAGCAAAGAAAACAAGGGAUACUUUGAUGAGGACAGUAUGGAGGAAUUCAUUGCAUCAGAAACAGAUGAGUCCUCAAUGAGUUUAAGUUCUGAAGAUGAAAAAAAAAGUAAGAAAAAGAAAGGCAAAGGGAAGAUGGGCAGCAGCACCGAUGAAAGUGGCAGUGACAAUGAUAUGGAGGUGAUUAAAGUGUGGAACUCUCGAUCCCGCGGGGGCGAGGGGGGCCGAGAGAGACCUGAAAUAGAACCUGCCCAAGAAGAAGUAUCUAAACCUACCUCCAGUUCAAGCCCUGGCAGCCCCUCCCCAGACUGGCACAAGGAGUUUGUUACUGAAGCAGACGCAGAAAUCCUGCAGCACUCUGGGAAGAUGGUCCUUCUCUUUGAAAUUCUCAGGAUGGCUGAGGAAGUAGGAGACAAAGUUCUUGUAUUCAGCCAGUCAUUGAUAUCAUUGGACUUAAUAGAAGAUUUCCUUGAGCUUGCAGGCAGGGCGAAAGAGGAGGGAAAACCAGAGAUUUAUAAAGGUGAUGGGAAGUGGUUUAGAAAUAUUGAUUACUACCGUCUUGAUGGCUCCACUAAUGCAGUCGCAAGAAAGAAAUGGGCUGAAGAAUUUAAUGAUAUUAGCAAUGUCAGGGGUCGCUUGUUCCUCAUCUCUACAAGAGCUGGGUCUCUUGGGAUUAAUUUGGUAGCUUCGAACAGAGUUAUCAUUUUUGACGCUUCUUGGAACCCGUCUUACGAUGUUCAGAGUAUCUUCCGAGUGUAUCGAUUUGGGCAGACGAAAACAGUUUUUGUCUACAGGUUUUUGGGUCAGGGUACCAUGGAGGAAAAGAUCUAUGACCGGCAGGUGGCGAAGCAGUCCCUCUCUUUCCGAGUGGUGGAUCAGCAGCAGAUUGAGCGGCACUUCACUAUGAACGAGCUCACUGAGCUCUACACAUUCGAACCCGACCAGCUGGAUGAUCCCAACUCGGAGAAGAAGAGCAAGAGAGCUACCCCAAUGCUGCCCAAGGACCUGUUUUUGGCAGAAUUGCUCCACAACCAGAAAGAGCACAUUGUGGGUUACCAUGAACACGACUCCCUGCUGGACCACAAAGAGGAAGAAGCUCUCAGUGAGGAGGACCGCAAAGCAGCUUGGGCAGAGUACGAGGCAGAGAAGAAGGGUCUGUCCAUCCGUGGGAAUGUGCCACCUGACCUCAAUUAUUCUGCUUUUAACAUGGCUGCUCCCAAUACAUAUUUCCCCUUUAAUGUAGCAGCACUCAGCACAAUGUCGAACCAGCAGCUGGAGGAUCUUAUUAACCAAGGGAGAGAGAAAGUUGUGGAGGCCAGCACUCAGGUAACAUCAGUAACUCGAGAGCCCCUCGAAGACAUCAUUGGAAAUGUGUGGAAAGAAAAUCCCAACCUGAAUGAGGCUCAGGUUCAGUCCAUGGCACUGGGAAGGCAGGCUAGCGUGGAGCUAGAACUCAAACGCAGGGAGGCAGUGUACAGAGAUGUACUCACAAAGCAGCAAACGCUAAUCAUGUAUAUCCAGAAGGUGUUAACAGACAGAAAAAUACACGAGCAGCAAAUAGCAAUGCAGAGAGCAACACUGUUGAACCGCAUGGCAAUGCCCAAAGGAGCCAUGGGCGGCGGGCAGGGAGGGUUCAGCCAGCUGGAUCUGAUGGGACUGUAUCAGCAGAUGACCGGUGGAAUGCAGCCCCCGCCUCUGCAGCGAGUACCAUCUCCUGCAAACCAGAUGAAGAGCAAAAACCCAGGGCCAUCCCAAGGAAACUAGUGCUGCAUGGGCAGCCAACCAGGCCCUGCUGUACAUUGAAACAGGAACAUGCAAGUCCGCCUUUCUUGAAGUAAAAACAAAAUGCUUAUUUUGUAGAUAAGGGCAAUGUAAUACACACAAGGGAUCCUGUUAUUUUAAUUGAUAAACUGUGUACAUAGCCUUCAUUUUAUUCAAGUUGAAUUACUGUAAGCCCUGUUUUAACUGCUUUUAAUACACUAAACAGUGCUUAUGCGUAAGAUUUUUAUUUAUUUUUUUGCAUUUCUGUCUCUUGGUCCAUUUUGUUUUUUCAGUUUUCCACUUUCCAAAACCCAUCAAAAUUCAUUUUAUAAUAAUCGAGGACAUUAAACUGGGACCACCGCUUUGCUAAUUGACAUAGGUAUUGAUGAAAACAUCCUGAUGCUUAUUGUAGCACCUGCCCUCUAACAUUUUUUAUGGAUUUCACAAAAUAAAAAUGAUAUUGCAUGAGGACGGAGUUAUAAGAUCUAAUGCUGGAGAAAAAAAGACAAACAAAAGGACCACUUGAGACAAAUG